AAUAAUAAAUAAUAAAAAAAAAAAUUCAAGUGUUAUCGCAUUCCGGAUUUUUGGUUUACAAUUUUACUUUGCGUCCACAAGUAUCCGAUUUGAGCUGCAUGACAAAGCUGGUGGAAAACUGAGAAAAGAAACAUGAGUUCAAUUGGAACCGGGUAUGAUUUGUCAGCCUCCCAGUUUUCACCAGACGGCCGUGUAUUUCAAGUUGAAUAUGCAUUAAAAGCUGUUGAAAACAGUGGGACUGCUGUUGGUAUCCGAGGAAAAGAUGGGGUUGUAUUUGGUGUAGAAAAACUUGUUACAUCAAAGCUUUAUGAAGCUGGAGCUAAUAAGAGGCUAUUUAAUAUUGACAGACACAUAGGAAUUGCUACUGCAGGACUAAUGGCUGACUCUAGAGCAGUAGUAGAAAUUGCCAGAGAAGAGGCCUCCAAUUACAGAUAUAACUAUGGAUUACCAAUUCCACUCAAACAUCUGACAGACCGAGUCUCAGGCUACGUCCACGCCCACACCCUGUACAGCAGUGUCCGUCCCUUUGGAGUCAGUAUGAUCCUUGGGAGCCACACAGUAGAAGAGGGACCACAGAUGUACUUGAUAGAUCCAUCAGGAGUCUCAUGGGGAUAUCACGGGUGUGCAACAGGAAAAGCUAAACAGGCAGCCAAAACAGAAAUAGAAAAACUGAAGAUGAAAGAUAUGCCUAUUGCUGACCUAGUUAAAGAAGUUGCAAAAAUCAUUUAUAUAGUCCAUGAUGAAGUAAAAGACAAGAACUUUGAAUUGGAACUUAGCUGGGUUGGAGAAGUAACUGGUGGAAAACAUGAGUUGGUCCCGAAAAAUGUCUAUGUAGAGGCAGAGAAAUUUGCAAAGGAAGCCCUGGAGGAAUCCGACGAUUCAGAUGAAGAGGAUCUAUGAGACAAGAUUGUUACCAUAGAGACUUAAAACAAAACUUCAGUCGGAGGAAGACUGCAACAUGGGAUUUAAAUAGUGCUCUCUCACGCAUCAUCAAUAAAUAGUGCUCUUUCACAGUUAUUUUCCAUCUCUGAUCAAAUCAUUGUAUUCCGUUUUAUAAUAAAUGUUGUUUAAUGGG